CCAAUUGGGCUGUCGAUUAAAUUAUAAGUCAAAUUCUACAAAAAUUAAAAUAUUCGUAAGGUCCUAUUUGAGCACGUAUUUAUUAAUUAGUUGCUAUGGACUCCUUUAUGGACUUGAGUAGAUUGUGGGCCUUAGCGGACUGGUUGAAUGGAUGGUUUCCAAUUAUUGUUCACAAAGUUAACAUUUGUUUAUACCUUAAUCUAGUUUGGAUGCUUGGAGUCAGGUUUAAGGCUCUCAAUGAAAGACUAAUAUUUAUAGUAAAAUCUUCUUAUGCAAAUUCUCAGGUCAUUUUGAGUUCUGAGGAACCUGCUGUAAUGCUUCGUACAAUAGGAAAUAUUCAUUCUCAAUUCUGCAAGAUUGGACACAGUUUUAAUUUUAUUUUCAUCAUAACUUUGGUUACCAGUGCUCUUGAAAUUUUUGUUUUCGUCACCUUGAGUUUUUACAGUUUCAUUGUAGAAAUGAAAAAUGACAAAGAUUUGUUACAUUUAAUAAGCUGUACCUGUUUAAUAUUAACAUGUAGUUUUCCGAUGAUAACCAUUGUUAUAAUAUGCAAUUGGACAAAAAAACAGGCCUGUGCUGCGGCGAAGCUCAUAUAUAAAAUAAAAGUGCAAGGAAAUAACAAUGUUCUUUCAGAGCUGGUAUAUAUACAAGUAUUUUCAAUGCAAAUGCAACAUCAGCAAUUGGCGUUCUCUGUGGGAGGGCUGUUUACUCUCGAUCCCGCUCUUUUACAGGCAAUUAUGGGUGCUAUAACUACGAACUUAAUCAUUUUAGUUCAAUUUGGCCAAUUAGAAAAUAUUCUUUCAAAAAAAGGUUAAUUACUAAAUAAUAAUUUUA